GUGCUCGGGGCGGGGGGAAGAAGGGGAUAUGAAAGUGGCGGAGACAGGAGUCUGGCCCGGGGCUGGGACGCGGCGGGGCUGAGCUCUUCUCUGGGACGGAGCGAGACGGGACGGGCGUUUCCGUCUCCCGCAGGAUGCACCGCAGGCCGGAGACCGUCCGCCGCGGUGCGGUGCCGUGGGCGCCGGGGCAGCGCCCUGCCCCCGGGGUGGAGGUGUCGGCCGGCUCCCAGUUGCGCCGCUCACCGCCGCCGGGCUCCGCGGUGCCCUGAGCUCUGCGGCCGCGGUCCCUCUGACUCCUGGCGGGCGGCACCGUGAUGCCCGGCAGCGGCGGCGGGAGGGCCCCGACGUAGCGUGGCGGCGCGGUUGCCCGGUCCCGCGGGGCGGAGGAUGGCGUGUCACGGCGGCUGCUGCUCCAGCGCGGGUCGCCUGAACGCGGACAACGCGCGGUUCCUCCUGCUGGCGGUGCUGAUCGUGCUGUACAUGCUGUGCGGCGCCGCCGUCUUCUCGGCCAUCGAGCUGCCCACGGAGCGCGAGGCCAAGGAGCGCUGGGAAGAGCGGCUGGAGAACUUCACCCGGCGCCACAACCUCAGCCGAACCGAGCUCCGGCUCUUCCUCCGGGAGUAUGAGGAGGCUAGCGUGGCCGGCAUCCGCGUCGAUGACAUCCGACCCCGAUGGGAUUUCACCGGCGCUUUCUACUUCGUGGGCACCGUCGUUUCCACUAUAGGGUUUGGCAUGACCACCCCAGCCACCGUUGGAGGCAAAAUUUUUCUGAUCUUUUACGGCCUUAUAGGAUGUGCAGGGACCAUUUUGUUCUUUAACCUGUUUCUGGAGCGCUUGAUCACUGUCAUAGCCUUUGUUAUGAAGUCCUGUCAUGAAAGACAGCUGAGAAGGAAAGGGGUCCUCCCUCACAAUGGCCGUCGGGGCUCAGGGACCUCUGAGGUGGACAGCUUGGGAGGCUGGAAGCCCUCUGUGUACUAUGUCAUGCUGAUUCUAUGUGUAGCAUCACUCAUUAUUUCCUGCUGUGCCUCUGCAAUGUACACACCAAUUGAAGGGUGGAGUUACUUUGACUCACUUUACUUUUGCUUCGUGGCCUUCAGCACCAUCGGGUUUGGUGAUCUGGUGAGUAGCCAGAACAUCAAGUAUGAGAGCCAAGGCCUUUACCGCUUUGGCAAUUUUAUCUUCAUACUCAUGGGAGUGUGCUGCAUCUAUUCCUUAUUUAAUGUGAUCUCUAUUAUCAUCAAACAAUCCAUAAACUGGAUAUUGAAGAAGCUGGACUGUAGGUGCUGCCACAGAUGCCAAAGAAAACUGCUUCGUUCACGGAGGAAUGUAGUAAUGCCAGGAAAUGUGCGCAGCCGGAGAAACAUCUCCAUCGAGACCGACGUUGUCAACGAGAGCGACACGGAUGGACGCCACCUGUCAGGGGAGAUGAUCUCCAUGAAAGACUUCCUGGCCUCCAAUAAAGUGUCGCUGGCCAUCAUGCAGAAACAGCUGUCAGAAACUGCUAAUGGCUACCCGAGGCAAAUGAGCUCUAAUUCAAAGCAAAAUGGAUUCUCUGGUGGAAUUGGAGCCCUAGCAAUUAUGAAUAACAGACUGAUAGAGACAAGUGUGGAUAGGUAAAAUAAUCACAGUAGUAACAGUGGAAGAGUCUGUACCAUUUCAGCAAGUACAGUAACAACGUGAAUCACGUGGCAAUAGCCUGGCACAGAAUGUUGCCAGGAGGUGGGAUGGAUGUGAAUGGCAUACCUCCUUUUGGAAGACUCUUUUGGAGCUGCCACUUAAUGUCUUUGCUCUUUGAAUUGCACCAGUCUCAGCCUUUCUUCCUCUCCUUCCUUCUGUUCCUCAAGCAGGUCACUGUAGGAGAAAUCUAAUGUAUCCUUCAGAUCAAUUUUCCAUGUCCUUUUCUCUGCCAAUGUGAAAAACAGAUUUCAGGAUAGGAAAUCUGUGGUGUGGGAAAAAAAACAAAUGUGUCUACUGAACACAUUCUUAAUUCUUACUCUCUUAUUGUCGUCAUACCUGUUUUCUCAAAUACAGCUUCUCUGAGACCAAAAGAGGACUCAGCCUUUCUCUGUGAUGUUGCAGAUCUAAUUCAAUGGACUAAAAAAACCAAAGUACUUUAUUUUGUUUUAUAUAUCACUACUUAAAUGUAUUCCUAUUGUGAAUUGACAAGGCUUGAAAAGCCAACUUUUGCUGGCAUCAAUAUCUGUGCAAAUCUGGAGUAAUUCUAUGAAAGUUGGUAGGGACUAUUCUGGAGCUAUUGUGAUAUGAAGAGAAUUUGGCCUUUAAAUUUAAUUUAGUCUUCCCCUUAAAAGAAUCCUAUAAAAAAAUAUAGAAUAAAUAUUUAUCUUACUUUUGUUCUCUCCAUUUGCAUGGACUUUUUUAUUCCUAGGCUGCCUUUUCUUCUGUAAUUGAAUCACUGUGGCUUUCUGUUUCAGAGACAUCAAAUUAAAUUGAAAACUGCCAUACUGAGUUGUAUGAAGUAUUGCACAGUAACAAUCAGGACCUUUCCAAAUUUCUGUUCACAUUUUGCUCCACUGUGAAUGAAGCAAUUGAGCAUCAGCAUUAUGUAAUGUAGGUAAUAAUAGUUUACACAAGGAGCUUUAGUAUACAAUUAGGUUGCUAUGCCAACAUUCAGUGUUAUCAUUAUAAGUGACUGUGAUCACAAAAUCGUUUUGGCAGUGUCCUUUUUACCUUCAUGUAAUUCUGUCAUUCUUCACCUGUUUUUCUGUCUUUCAGUGAUGGUAAUGGCAGGGUCUUGAUUAGGGAAAUAGAAAAUCUUUAACUCCUCAUUUUUCUCAAUGAAAUGCUCCGAGUGUUUAUUAUGACUAGAAAGGAGACCUCAAUGAGAAGAAUAACAGUGAGGAGAAUGUGAAAACAGGAAAAGAGAUUAAUGACAGUGAAAUCAUUCUUUGUAUUUGGCAACUGGAAAAAUGAGGGAUUAAAUUAACAUAAAUUCUUGCAAGAAUUUAAGGAAGACUGGUCUGAAUUUCUGAUUCACCUUGAGCCAUGCAAUACAUUAAAGCCAAACAGCAUGUGAGAGUGUAAAUAAGCAGAACUGGUCACAAAAGACCUGAUCCAGUUCUCCAUGAGAAGAAUACUACAUGCAUCAGGACUAAAUGUUUUCUCACAGCUAGAAAACCUUGCAGAAUACUACACUUUGAGGGAAUUUUAAAGCAAUUAUGCACUUCUUAAUACAGAACAAUGUAGAUAGCCUCGUUAGUGUAAUUUACAUUACAUUAAGAACUAAUAUAAUCUUCAUUCUGGCCUCAAGUUAUUUUAUUUAGGUUCCUGGUACUGUAGAAUAGCAUUUUGAUACUCAUUUUAAGCAAUAUUUGAAUUGGGAAACAAAAAUAUACCUCUUGGAAUCUUUUCAUAUAAUAAGUAAAAAAAAAAUAAGCAGAUGUACUUAAGUCAUGAAAACUUAAGUCAUGAAAAUAAUUGCAAGCACUUUUGAUGUAUUAUAGCUAAAAUCAAGUCAUGCUGCCCAUGGAUAUAAGGAGAGCUUAAAUUUGGAAGCCACUAGUCCAAGUUUUGCUGUCAUCUCAUCUCUGCAAUAGUGGAAUACCUCUAAUAAUAUCCCUUCCUGUUAGCAUCCAUGUAAAAUCUGAAUUGGCUCCUAAACUCUAACUUUGGUGAGAAAAGAAGACUGACUCGUUUGGGUAUGUACCAGCAAAACUUGCCACUGAGUUAUUUUAGAUGAUAUUAUAGUACCUGAAAUCCAUUAUGUUGUUGCACUUCUUGUUUUGUUGUUGUUUUUUUGUGUUUUUUUUUCUGCCAAAACCUUCUUUGUUUCAAUCUCAUUGAAUAAAAAUACU